AUGGCGUUCCGAACGGGCAAUGAUGCCAUUUGGUGCCGAGCGUUCUCGCUCUCAUUGGAGGACGAAGCAUUGGAAUGGUUCAAUACCCUCCCCCCUAAUUCAAUAGAAAACUUUGCUGGGUUAAAGCAGCUAUUCAUCAAACAAUUCGCGGCCAGCAGUACCCAAGACUUGACCGUAUUCGAGUUAAUGACCCUCAAGCAGGGGAAGGAUGAAGCGCUGCGGACGUUUAUGGACAGGUAUCAAAAGACCGUCCGGCGCGUGAAAUGCCUGACGCCAGAGCUCGCCCUUCACUAUAUCCUACCGGCUCUAAAGCCGGGGCCGUUUAAGGAUAGCGUUAGCAGGCGAGCGCCCAAAACAAUGGAAGAGUUGAGGGAACGAGCGGCGGAUGAGAUAAGGGUGGAGGAGAUGAAGCUCUCGUACAAGAAGGAGAAUCAGGAGGCCAGGGGAGAAAGGACGGACGGCAACAAGCCUGGUCAGUCGACGGGGAAAACGUCCGGUCCUAGGCCUAGGGAGUAG